UUUUCAUAACCUUCACUAUUUAGUACCGAUAGAUGCAGUUUUCGAUGCGCUUUAAUUUGGUAUAAAAUACUUUGUGGGUAUCAUUUAUAGUUUAAGUUGUAGAGGGGGGCGUAAAGGUUAUGUAACACCCUGUAGAUUGUUCCGAAAUUAUUACUUAAAAUGUCUUUUUACAUUAGAAUUUAUCUUAUGCUUUCCUAAAUGCCUCAUUUCUCUGAAUUUGAUAAGAGCGAUUACAUACAAGAAUGGCUUUGUUACGUAUUGGUCAUUGUUCUAUUCUUAAAACAGAUUUGCUAAAAACAAAAAAAUUCGUAUAAAAAAAAUAAUAACAUCGAUUUAUAGAAUAGUCAAUGAAUUUUUUUAAUGAGAACAAUGAGUUAUGAAAUAGAUAACAUUUUUUCUUGAUGUGUCUAAAAUCUUUAUUUUAUUUUAUAAUAUUAUUUGUUUUCUAAAAACGUUUCACGAUAAAAAGGUGAUGGUACAUCUGAAGCAACAUUAAUUGAUAUAAAUAAUAUCGAUUUUGAUUUAAAUACACGAUGGAAAAUACAUGGCAAUGUUUCAUUUAAAUAUGAUGUUCGACAAUUUAAUAAUGAGUAUGGUGAUGGUGAAAUAUUCUCAUUUGAUAUAAGAGAUAAUACUGGGGAAAUUACAGUUAUAUGCUUCAACUUAUCUUCUCGAUUAAUCGAACCACGUAUACAAAAAGAUAAAUCAUAUGAAAUAACUGAUUUAUGUGUAAGAACAGCGAACAAAAAUUAUAAAACUUUACCAAAUCAAUAUCAACUUACAAGUACAACUAAAACAACAGUCGUCGAAAUGAUACCUUUCUAUGUUACACCACCAACACCAUACAUUUUUCUUAAACUAGAAGAUUUAAAUUCAACUGAUAUAAAUAGAGUAGUUGGUAAGCUUAUGUUAUUUUUAGUUGAUAUCAAAAUCCAUUUUAAAAUAAUAACAACAAAAAUAUUUGAAAACGAUACUACAAGUUCGAUUAUUCACACAGAUUCUAAUUUACUACACUGA